UCGGAGUGAAAGCGCUCCUGACAGCCUCUCUGAAGGAGAAUAUCAUGGUUCUGUGAAGCUGAGGGACGUUUUCAGCUUUAUCUGUCCCGAAAUGUCGCUGCUGCAGAGCUCCAAGAAAAAAGACAAGCGCAUUUUGUCUGGUACCUGCCCAGACCCGAAAUGUCAGGCGAGGCUCUUCUUCCCCGCUUACGGCUCGGUUAGCAUCGAGUGCACGGAGUGCGGCCAGCGCCACGAGCAGAGGAACCUGCUGAACGUCGAGGAGGUGACCGAUCCGGAUGUGGUGCUCCACAACCUGCUCAGGAACGCCCUGCUCGGCGUCACCGGGGCCCCGAAGAAGGGCACGGAGCUGGUGAAGGUGAUGGGGCUGUCCAACUACCACUGCAAGCUGCUGUCCCCGGUGCUCACCAGGUACGGCAUGGACAAACAGACGGGCAAGGCCAAACUGCUGAAAGACAUGAACCAGGGGGACAUCUUCGACUGCUCCCUCCUGGGGGACAGAGCCUUCCUGAUAGAGCCGGACCACGUCAGCACCAUGGGCUACGGCAAGGACCGGUCCGGGAGCCUCAUCUACCUCCACGACACCCUGGAGGAGCUGAAGAAGGCCAACGGCAACAGGGAGUGUCUCAUCCCGGUCCACGUGGACGGAGACGGACACUGCCUGGUCCACGCCGUGUCCAGAGCCCUGGUGGGACGGGAGCUGUUCUGGCACGCCUUGAGGGAGAACCUCAAGCAGAACUUUAAGCAGAACCUGAGCCGCUACCAAGCCCUGUUCCAGGAUUUCGUGGACGCGGCGGAGUGGGAGGACAUCAUCAACGAGUGCGACCCCCUGUUCGUCCCGCCCGAGGGCGUGCCCCUGGGGCUGCGCAACAUCCAYGUGUUCGGGCUGGCCAACGUCCUCCACCGGCCCAUCAUCCUGCUGGACUCCCUGAGCGGGAUGAGGAGCUCCGGGGACUACUCRGCCACCUUCCUGCCCGGGCUGGUGCCGGAGGAGCAGUGCCGGGGCAAAGAUGGGAAGCUCAACAAGCCCAUCUGCAUCGCCUGGAGCAGCUCGGGCAGGAACCACUACGUCCCACUGGUGGGGGUCAAAAACACGGCGCUGCCCAAGCUGCCGUCCCGCCUGCUGCCCAAGGCCUGGGGGGUCCCUCAGGAGCUCAUCAAGAAGUACAUCAGGCUGGAGGCGGACGGCGGCUGCGUGAUCGGGGGCGACCGCAGCCUCCAGGACAAAUACCUGAUGCGGCUGGUCAACGCCAUGGAGGAGGUGUUCAUGGAGAAGCACAGCAUCCACCCGUCCCUGGUGGCCGACGUGCACCAGUACGUCUACAGGAGGACCGGGGUCAUCGGCGUCCAGCCCGAGGAGGUGACGGAGGCCGCCAAGAAGUCGGUGGUGGAGAACAGGCUGCACCGCUGCCUGAUCUGCGGCGCCCUGUCCGAGCUGCACGUCCCGCCCGAGUGGCUGGUUCCAGGGGGGAAGCUCUACAGCCUGGCCAAGUCCACGCACGGCCAGCUGCGUCCCGACAAGAACUACAGCUUCCCCCUCAGCAGCGUGGUGUGCUCCUACGACCCCCACAGGGACCUCCUGCUCCCCGACUACAAGCUCAGCACCCUCAACACCUGCAACUGGUGCCACGGCACGUCGGUGCGCCACAUCCGGGGCGACGGCUCCGUGGUCUACCUGGACGGGGACAGAACUAACACGCGCUCGCAGGGGGGCAAGUGCGGCUGCGGGUUCAAACACUACUGGGAGGGGAAGGAGUACGACAACCUGCCCGAGGCCUUCCCCAUCACUCUGGAGUGGGGAGGCCGGGUGGUGCGGGAGACCGUGUACUGGUUCCAGUACGAGGCGGACCCGGUCCUGAACAGCAACGUGUACGACGUGGCCAUGAAGCUGGUCACCAAGCACUUCCCCGGGGAGUUCGGCAGCGAGAUCCUGGUGCAGAAAGUGGUGAACACCAUCCUGCACCACACYGCCAAGAAGAACCCCGACGAGUACAACCCGGUUUCUAUCGACGGGGCGCACGCCCGGCGUCUCGACGACGUCUCGGACRCUCAGCCCACGGCGGACCCCCAGCCGCCCACCAAGAUCAUCCUGACGGGCCAGAAGGCCAAGACGCUCCACAAGGAGGAGCUGACGAUGAGCCGGGCGGAGCGCAGCGUCCAGCAGAGCAUCAGUGAGCAGGCCCUGGUCGCCCAGAAGAGACGGACUGAGAAACUGAAGCAGGAGCAGAAAGGUCCGGGCCGGACCACUUCCCCCGGCGGGUCCCCGGAGACCUCCUCCUCCGCUCCGGCUACCCCMACCAAAUCCUCCUCCCCCUCCUCUAAGGAGAAGAAGAUCCGUGUGAGCACCAGCGACGGCAGGCAGGCCACGCUGACCCUGCAGGUCCACACCACCUUCUCCGAGCUGCAGAGGAGCGUCUGGGACCAGUUCCACGUGCCCCCCGCCCAGCAGUGCAUCCGCCACGGCUUCCCGCCCCGAGAGCUGGCCCCGCCCAAGGACGGMGAGGAGAACGAGCCCGUGGUGCUGCAGCACGGUGACAGGGUGACGGUGGAGAUCCUGAGGGGCCCCGAGGACAGAGACCACGGGACCUCCAUAACCAGGGCCUCCAGCUCGCACUCCUCCCUGCACACGACGAAGAGCGAGGACCCYGUGACGUCCGGCAGGAUGAGCAGCCGGGAGCUCCAGGAGAGCAUCGACCUGGAGAUGUCCUCCCUGUGUCUGCUGGCUACGCUGAUGGGUGAGGACGUUUGGUCGUACGCCAAGAAGCUGCCUCACCUGUUCCAGCAGGGCGGAGUUUUCUACAACAUCGUCAAGAAGGACAUGGGUCUGAUGGACGGGAAGCACUGCACGCUGCCCCACCUGACGGGGAAGACCUUUGUUUACAACGCAGCCGAGGAGCGUCUGGAGCUGUGCGUGGACGCUGCGGGACACUUCCCCGUGGGKCCGGACGUGGAGGAGCUGGUGAAGGAGGCCACGGCGCAGCUGCGCUCCGAGGCGUCCUCCAGGGGCAGCAGGGAGGGCAGCCCGUCCCACGGCGUCCUGCGGCUCGGCAGCGGGGGCGUGGUCAGGAAGAAGGAGGCRCUGCAGAGCGUCACCGCCUUCCAGGGCAAAGGUCACUCCCUGGGCAGUGCCGGGGGCUCCUCCCCUCCAGAGCAUCGGCCUAUCACGCGCCAGCACAGCAGUGGCGUGGACCUGAGCUCCAGCGUGUCCCGYGGACCCCCGGACUUGUCGGACAUCCCCGAGGACGCCACCAGGGAGCUGGUGCGCAUGGCGCCGGGCUUCGUCACAACAAAGGACGGGCGUGGCCUGGACCCCACCCUGAUGGAGCAGCAGAGGAGGAAGCUGCAGGAGAUGGUCUCCUCCAUCCAGGCCUCCAUGGAGCGCCACCUGAGGGAGCAGCAGAGCACCGCCGCCGCGGGGGGCGGGGCCAACCGGGAGCGCACCGCCGGGACCAAGACCAGCUCCAAUCCGCCUGCGUCGGCUCAGAAACCCUCAGCUGCAGCCGGAGAGCCGGCCUSCAGGAAACCAGARGAGAAGCUGGAGGAACCGGAGGAGAUGGAGAGCCAGGACGCCGAGCAGAACGCCUCYGAACCCAUGGAUCACUCCUGAUGUGUCCGAAGCCCCGCCCCUUCCCCACCUGACCGCCGUCUGUGGGUCUCAUGCCUCAGGUCCUAAAGCUUUGGUCUCCAUCACGUCACGUUGUCUCAUGCAUGAAACAGAGUGGGCGGAGCCUCCUCUUGAGUGGGAGCGAGACAUGACGGACCAACUCACGCCUCCGUCACAUCAGCUGCAACAACACAAACAUUUACU